AUGAAAGUCCAAGCGUCGCUGCAGGAUCCGACCUGUUCCAAUGGCGUGGUUAUAUUUACGCACCCGCCAAUGAGCGCCACCCACGCCUGGACAGCGUCUCCGCGGUCGUUUGCGCCUAUGAUUAUGCCCCUCUUGGACAGACAGGCGCUCAAGCUGGCGCAUUACGCUGACAAUGUCGGGGAUACGCAGGCAGCAGCUCUCUGCUGGUAA